AUGGCAUUCGUUGCUGCAGCAAUGUUCUCAUAACAAUUUUGCGACAUAGCCGUUUUGUCGCUAUGGUCCGAGCGGUAGGUUGCCUAGUAUUAUGCUAUGACCGCGGUGUUGUUAUCUCCCACGAAGCGGGUGCCUGUUCCUUGUGGACCUACAAGUCAACUUAUGACGUGGUGGGCGCUAAUUGCCAAGAUAAGAAUAUCUCCACCAAUUCUGUCAAUGUCUAACCAUCAUUUAAUGUUUUGCGUAGUUAGCCUGGUCUCGACCUUUUCCGUCAACAUGUCCUGUCACUUUGCAGCGAUCUUGAUCAAGUUGACACGCAUUCAUCAAUUAUGGCUUGACAAUCAGAUGUAUGGAACAUUGGGCGGUCGUAGAUCCCUGCACCUAAUCGUCCAUAGUACUGCUUUCCACAUACGGUGGUUUUUGGUGGUUAGCCUAGUGCACGGCAUCGUGGAAUGCUACCUACUAUAUCUGUAGUUCUCGCCAGGAAGGAAAUAUCUACGAAAUCGCCUCCAUAAGAUGUCC